CUAAAGGGAAAGCAGAAGGGAAGAGAAGUAGACGAACAAGGCCCAGCGACGAUGCAGGACGAGGUCAUGCAGGAUGAGGUAGUCUCCAGCAAUGCAGGCACACCCGUCCCAUCCACACACGCCUGGCCUGCGGCGGCCUUCUCACCGCCGCAGCAGCAAGGGCCCUUUCAUCCAAAACACCGGCAUAGCAUGAGCGUCAGCAGCAUCAUGGACAUGGAUGAGCCAAGCGACAACCAUGCAGCAGACACAGCUACCAGCUGGUCACUUCCUGCAAUCCCACAAAAACGCAAAUCACCCUCUCCUUCGCUUGAAUCCAGCGUCACCUCCAACGUCGAUUCCAUAUUUAGCAAACACGCAAGUGGCAGCGGGCCUUCGUAUGCCAGUGGACUCUCUGCAGACGAUCCAGAUGUCAGGCUCGCUGCUGAAGCAUUGGAAGAUUUACGCGCAUCAGGGGGUGAGCCUGUUGUUGCUCCACAAUUCCUAGAUCGUGUCUCGACGUACCCGAUUGUCAGUACGGCCGUGCGUGCAUAUGAGCAAGGGAAGCAUACAUCGAGGGGUUUCCGAUAUGGUGCAGAUAUGUUUGAGAGUGUCGCAAGGCCUGUUGCGCGUAGGUUCGAACCAUUGGAUGAGUUUGCUUGUAGGCAACUCGACCGGAUUGAAGGCAGGUAUGGUCUUCAUCAUGACCUUGAGUCUGGCAAGACGGCAUCGCCUAUCCUUCCAGACAAUAUGGAGAGACCCCAUAAACAGCCAGAGACCAUUCCACGCUGGCAAUCCAUGUUGGCAGGUGCAUCCGGUUUGACAGUUUCCCUGUCAGAGGAGAGCAUCAAGUCACUCCGCUACUGCCUUGAAUGGCUGCAUCGUGCACAUGAGCAUCUCGCGCAUCUCGCUCAACUCCUACAACAGUGUGUAGGCAUCGGUGGUCAUCCCUCCACCACUCGAUCACAAGCAGAACGGACAGAUGCAUCCACGACUAUCCUCAAAGUCAAGCGAGAGAUUGUUGGGACGCUCAAGAAUGUCUUUCAGGUCGUGUCACAGUAUGCGACAUUACCUGAACCAGCACGCAGCGCUGUCCGUGUAGCGCUCUUGGGACUUCCACGACGUUGGGCAGCGAGUCAAGAUGCAGAGCAGCAGCAGCAGCAGCAGCAGCAGCAGCAGCAACAGCAGCAACCUGUGCAUGCCAAGAAUGGACAGUCUGAAGUGACCGAAGCGCGGAUACAAAGUGAAGCAGCGCGUGUGGGAUCACUGGCAAAGGAAUCCAUGGAGAUGCUGCAGAGUGUCACGGAUGCAGUGAGUCGUACACUAGCGAGUGGUGAGUCUUGGUCAAAGUGGCGAACUGCGAGAGGUGGUCCAGCAGCAGGUGUACAAGGUGACCAUCACCAGCAACAGCAGCAGCAGCAAGAGGCAGGACAGGCGGAUGUGCCUCUACCGCGUGUGCCUAUGAUGCAGACAAGCGGUGGCCAGUGACGAUGACGCGACGACUUCUUUCUUUAUGUGCCAUCGAGCAGACUGCAGACAUAUCCGCUAAAUUAUAUCUAUACAUGCAUCCCUGAAC